AUGCCACACGCAGUACAUUCUGCAUCAACCCCAACCUUCAAACCUGUCUUUCCUCUUGCUCUCAAGUUAGGAGUUGGAGGUUUCCUCGGUGUGGUUACAGUUGCUUCGUAUUUAAAUAGAAAUACUAUCACUACUUUGAUUGAUAACAACAUGUCUAGAUCGAAAGACCUCAUUGAAAAUAGAAGAAUUAGAAUCUAUGAAGAAGAGGAAAGAAUUAAACAAAGAAAAUUGGAAUGGCAAUUACUCUCAUUUGCUUCAUACGGAAGUUGGUCGCAAACCAGAUCUCAAGUUAAAUUCUUGCAAGACAAACUUGACCACAAAGACAGAAAUACAUGGCAAGAUUUACUUCAAGAGUUGGAUGAAAACAAAAAGUCUUCGUAA